AAAAAAAUCCAAAAUUAAAAAUAAAUACGGGAAACAAGUAUUGCACAAGCAAUACUUAACUUACAUUAAUAGAUAUUGUUGAAUUACGCGUCGCAACGCGUUUAUUUGUAUUAUUUUAGAGCCACAGCCGGUGUCUGAACAUACCAACGAGUUGAAAACAAAUGCAAAUCACACGCAAUUCCAUUCAUAAUAGUCCGAAAUUGAUUUAACAAAUCGCAGGUGACAGGAAAUAACAAAAUCUCGUUGCCCGUAGCAGCAGGCUAAGCGCAACAAGUAAACCACUUGAAAGUUAACUAAAGCCCAGACAAAUUUUUGGUUCAAACAAAUAAAUUCAAAUGCUGCUUCAAAAGUUUUUUAAUCGCACUCUUCACACCACGCGGCAGUUAUAUGCCGCCGGUGCGGGUCUUGAGAAGAGUGCGUUGUCUGCGCUACGCAAGAAGACCGGCUACACAUUCGCCAACUGCAAAAAGGCGCUCGAGUUGCAUAACAACGAUGUCAACCAGGCAGAGAAAUGGCUGCAUCAGCAGGCUCAAUCUCUCGGCUGGUCCAAGGCCACAAAAGUCGCAGAUCGAGUGACAGCGCAGGGACUCGUUGGCGUUCUAAUCAAUGGCAAUCGUGGUGCAAUGGUGGAGCUCAACUGUGAGACGGAUUUUGUGGCACGCAAUGAAACCUUCAAGCGAUUUGUGGAUCACGUGUCGCGCAUUGUGCUGCACUACACAGACCAGACCGAGUUCGAUGGUGAUCUCUGGAAGCUUGGCUUCGACUCGGAUGCUUUGAAGAAUCUGGAAACACCACAAGGCGGUUCGCUGGCCGAUCAUCUGGCCUUACUCAUCGGUGCCAUUGGAGAAAACGCCAUUAUUCGACGUGCCCUUUGCUUUAAGGUGAACAAUGAUUUGAUGCUGGCGGGCUAUGCGCAUCCGGCACCUACAAAUGUCGGCACCACCCAAAAUAUCACACAAGUGGGCAAAUACGGUGCCAUUGUCGCAUUCCGUUCUCCAAGAGAAUUUGAGGAUGUUGAAAUCCACAAAGGCAUUUGCCAGCAAAUUGUGGGAAUGAAGCCAGCUAAAGUUGGCGAAUACGAUAAGGAUAAGCCGGCUGAGAACAAAGAUGAUGAAACCUGCCUCAUAUACCAGGAAUAUCUGCUGGAUGCUGACAAAACUGUUGGCGAAAUUCUCAAAGAGCGAUCCAUCGAUAUUAUUGACUAUCAUCGAUUUGAAUGCGGCGAGCCAACAAAGCGCGAUCUUCAAGAGAUCUUGCAAUCCCAACAGCAGAACAGCAACUGAACUGCAACCUGACUGUAGCAUACCAAAUUUGUUGUACUCUAUCUUCUUUGUUAACUCGUAAAUACUGGCGGCAAUAACAAAACUGGGAAACAAAGCUGAA